UUCAUCUGCUCAGAGCGACUCAUCAGACACUCUUCCUCUUCAGACUGAAGCAGUGAGAGGAGGAUGAGGAGCUAGAAGAAGAUGCGCUACUUGCUGGUUUUCAGUCUGAUCGGUUGAACACAUUAAGUUUCAUAAUGCAGGCCUGGCUUGAGAGUGCUUUAGGAGGACACCUUUCUUUUCAUGAGGAGGAUGUCCCUGCUGCACUUUUGUGAAGACCGACUUCCCAAAUGCUGUUAUUAGCAAGCAAGAAGACGACAAAACGGAGCAAUGAGGAACAGUUCCAACCGAAGACAUAGGAAUAAUUAACAAUCUUUAACUAUCAUCAACAGACAAGAUGGAGUUUAGAGUUAUUUAAACACAGGAGGACACUGUUUGGACACAACCUUUAACAGAAGAUGAAGUUUGGAAGCAGUCUGUGCACCCUCAACGUUGGCGGUCGCAGGUUUUCCUUCUCGGUGGAGCUGAUGAAGCAUCUCCCGCUGAGCAGGCUGAGCCGUCUGUAUCGCUGCGUGUCAGAGAGCGAGUUGCUGGAGCUCUGCGAUGACUACGACCGUGACAGAAACGAGUUUUUCUUUGACCGCCACUCUGAGGCUUUCAGCUUCAUUAUGCUGUACCUGCAGCAUGGCAAAUUACGCUUUGUCCCGCACAUGUGUGAACUGUCCUUCUAUAAUGAGAUGCUCUACUGGGGCCUUGAGAGUGCAGAUUUGCAACUGUGCUGCCAGCGGCGGCUGGACGAACGUCUGUCAGACUGCUUUGUUCACUUUUUCCCCGAAGAGGAGCCACAGGACCCCGAAGAGCCUCAGGAUCGCUGGCUGGAGAGGAUGAGGAGGACUUUUGAGGAACCCACAUCCUCAGUGGCGGCACAAAUCCUGGCCUUUGUGUCUGUGCUUUUUGUCCUCAUUUCCAUGGUGAUGCUGUGUGCAAGCACCUUACCAGAGUGGAAGGCUGCUGAGACACUGGAUGAACACAGGAUCAUCGAGGCAGUGUGUAUAGGUUGGUUCACCGCCGAAUGUAUUGUGCGUUUCAUCGUGUCUCGGGACAAAUGCGAGUUUGUGCGGCGUCCACUGAACAUCAUUGACCUGCUGGCCAUCACUCCUUAUUACAUCUCCGUUACUGUGACACUCCUGACCGGAGAGAAUUCCCAGCUCCAGCGGGCCGGCGUGACACUGCGUGUGCUGCGCAUCAUGAGAAUCUUCUGGGUGAUCAAGCUGGCGCGUCACUUCCUCGGCCUGCAAACGCUCGGUCUGACGCUGCGGCGUUGCUAUCGCGAGAUGGUAAUGCUUUUGGUGUUCAUCUUUGUCGCCAUGGCCAUAUUCAGUGCCUUGGCCCAACUUUUAGAGGGAGGCAACCAAGACUACACCAGCAUUCCCGCUGCCAGCUGGUGGGUAAUCAUCUCCAUGACUACAGUGGGCUAUGGAGACAUGUACCCAGUAACUGUGGCCGGUCGCGUGCUGGGUGGGUUGUGUGUGGUUAGUGGAAUCGUGCUUCUAGCUCUACCAAUCACUUUCAUCUACCACAGCUUUGUGCAGUGCUACCACGAGCUAAAGGUGCGCUCAGUCCGAUGCAUUCGCAGUUUGUCAACUGAUUUCAUUGACUAAAGGACACAUUAUCAACCACUACCGCAGCAGGAAGUACUAGCCAAAGGAUUUGGACUCAGAGCAAAUGGUCAUGUGAUUAUAGUGAUAAUUGGGUAUCUUUUCUUUGGGUAUACUUUUUAAAGAAAGUCAGAUCUGUUAAAAUUUGUAUUCCCUUUAGUGGAAACAAUCCAGAAGGACGACAUUAAGUUCUACAACACAGUUGUUCAAUACAAAUUGAAAUUCAAACUUUUGUUUGAAUGACACAUAACAUAAUCCGUCCAGCGUGUCUUAGGCCUACCCUGGGGCCUCCUCCCGGUUGGGCCCUGUGCCCUGGAGGUGUCUGAAUUACCCCGUGCAAAGUCAAUCAUAGACCUGCGGCCUAAGGUGUCCUGGUUGGAACGUGGUGUUUGCUAUGGACAAAGUGUGGUUAGCGCACCCCACAUAGGUUGAGAUCGGUCAGGCCGUUCGUCCCAAUCGCACAUAUCCAGGUUACACAGUCAACAAGUUUCCCAGGAGAACCGUCAAUUUCCUGCCUACCUGAGGAAUCCCAAGAAGACUGGGUAUUCUGAACUGCCAUUUGGUGCAUGCACAUAAAUGACAGUGAGGACCCUUUCCCCAGCCCCAAGUAACACUCCCAUCCACCGGGGAUGACUCCAUAACGUAGGAAACGAGCCGCAGAGCUAUUAAUAAGCUUGCCGCAUCUCCCCUGUAGCAACUCCAGAGUAGGACAAGGUCCAGACCCUCUCAAGGUCAUUGAUUGCAAACCCCGAUCUGUGGAUUGAGGGGAGUCCAACUUUGUCUGGUCGAAACUCCUCAGCUUCUCGUACAAGUUUAGAGUCCAUGUCCCAAGAACCAGAAACACCCGCCCUCGAUAUCCACCCAAAGCACAACAGUAUUUUUUCCAUGUAGUACUCAAAAUUCUGUUUUUUCUGUCAUGUUUUUUAUUUUCUUUCUACUGGUUUUCCUUUUGCAUUACCUUCUAUGGUUACUUCCUACUUUUGGGCGGAGUAACGAAUCACACCUGCAAUUAGUGAGGUUCUUAAGCACACUGGGUCCUGCAGGAAGACACCAGCUUAUUCCUCUAUGUUGUGUUCUAUAUAACCACAUUCAAAUGCUGCUUUCAUUCAUCAAUCACCUUAUUUAGCAGCUAUAAUGCUCCAGUAUCGCUUACCCCUGGUUUUGUAGUUAUUGUCUGAUGCGUAGUGUCCCUUUUUAGCGUCACUCCGCUUGUGCCUUCUCUUUUCUGUCUUAUCAAAUCUCUUUCGUGAUAGCAGGUUUUUACCAGCAAUGCAUUUUUGGAUUUUUAAUUUUAACUGCUCAUUCCCGUGUUGCAUUUUCGCUCCUGAACUUUUGCGCUCUUUGUGAGCAUGAGUAAUAAAGACAUUAUU